CUGCAUUAACUUCUGCUUUCUCAAGUCAAGCGGGCUUAUGGUGCAGCUGAGAUUACUGUUACUACAUGUCUCGUUUCUGGACUAAUCAUCAGACUUUGAAACUCCUUCUGAUCUUGUUUUAGGAUAAGGUGCUUAACCAUGUCAUCCAUCAAGAUAGAAUGCGUUGUGACUGAAAAAUACAGGAUUGGAGAGUCUCCUGUAUGGGAUGAUAAAGAAGGAGUGUUAGUGUAUGUUGACAUUACGGGACAGAAGGUCUGCCGAUGGAACCCCAAUACUAAAGUAAUACAGACUGUUAAUUUAAAGGAACCAGUUGGCUCUGUUGGACUUCGAAAGUCGGGUGGCUAUGUGAUUGCCACGGGCACCACUUUUGCUGCCCUGAAUUGGGAAGACCAAUCAGUAACUACUCUUGCCAAAGUUGAUGAAGACAAGCCCAAUAAUCGUUUUAAUGAUGGAAAAGUUGACCCAGAAGGGAGAUUUUUUGCAGGGACUAUGUCGCAGGAAAUCCGUCCUGCAGUUGUAGAAAGAAACCAAGGCUCGCUGUUUACCCUGUACCCUGACCACUCUGUAGUGAAACACUUUGAUAUGGUUGAUAUCUCUAAUGGGAUAGACUGGUCUUUGGAUCACAAAACCCUCUACUACAUAGACAGUCUUUCCUUUGCGGUGGAUGCAUUAGAUUAUGAUGUGAAAACUGGAAAAACCUCAAACCGACGCCAUGUCUACAAAUUACAGCAGGAUGAAGGAAUUCCAGAUGGCAUGUGCAUAGACUCAGAGGGGAAACUGUGGGUUGCUUGCUAUAAUGGAGGACGUGUUAUCCGUGUAGACCCUGAGGCUGGUAAGGUAAUCCAGACUGUAAAGCUCCCAGUAGAUAAGACAACCUCUUGCUGUUUUGGAGGAAAAGACUAUUCAGAAAUGUAUGUGACAUCAGCCUGUGAUGGCAUGGAUGAAGAGUUGACCGCACGCCAGCCUCAGUCUGGAGCAAUAUACAAGAUUACUGGACUUGGAGUGAAAGGAAUUCCACCGACUGAAUUUGCUGGUUGAACAAAACAUGUCAUCAUAAUGCCAUUAUUUCUGUGUCUACCAACAUUAAAGCUACUGAACAUGAACAAAGGAAUACUAUUUACACACUCUCUAUGGCUAAAACUUCCAACAUGUUAUACUUUAUGUAAUGGAAUAACCCUUUCUUUAGUAUUUUGUUACUAAAUAAAUGUGUCUACUAAAAUGGAAA